AUGAUGCCCUAUAACACACCUCCCAACAUCCAAGAACCAAUGAAUUUCGCGAGCAGCAAUACUUUCAAUUUCAAUCCAGAUACGAUCAGUUUCCCGAAUUUCAAGUAUGACCAUCUUCAGCAGCAGCAGCAGCAACAACUACAACAACAACAGCAGCAGCGUCCACCUCCGCUACAGCCGCAACAGCAACAACAGCCAAUAACUCCCCCUUUGUUUCUUGCAGGCGCCAACGCAAGCUCGAAUCCCAACAAGAAUGUCAGCACUAAUAACGUCCCUCCACUGCACUUUAGCGGGUCAUCCCAGCAUUACGCUGUCCCGGACAUAGAUCACUCCUCCAUAAUAUACAAGAACAAUAUCUGCAAGUCCUUCAAAGACGAUUUGUUUUUCUGCCCAAGAUCACUGCUGUCUGUAGAAGAGCAACAAGCGUGCGAAAAAAUGGAUAGACUGACUGCUGAACAAAUGUCACUACAUCAACAAAAUGCGCCCUCCAGCUCCAACUCCGGAUCCUUGUCUUCCUCCCCGCCAACUUCUGCGUCGUCUAUAUUCAACUCUAGGCCCAAAUUUAAUCCUUACACUUCACAAAGUUUUAAUCCUUUGGAAAGCGUACAAGAAUGA